CCAACAACAAGUUUAUUGUGAAGAUGGCGACGACUGGAGUUGGUUUUCGAUGGUUAGAUAUUUUAGAAAAGGAGUACGACAAAGCAUGUGUCGAAUUAGAUGCUUCUUUGUCGGAAUUAGAUACAGAGGACCCAGAAGUUGUAUUUACGUCUCGUCAGAAGAUUGCAACUCUAAGUUCAUGCUUUGCACAGCUGACUCACAAGGCUCUAACAAUAUUUCAAAACAGUGCAAAGCUCGAGGCGGAGCUUGUGGACAUGAGGGCUGAAUUGAUUCAAGCUCGUGCGGCAGUCGGUUGUCAAGAGGGCGGGGACAUGAUGGGUAAUGUCCCGGAAGCGGGGCGUGCGCGAGCCGAGGCUGCCCAACUUGCUCGAGAAAACGCAGCGCUACGGGAAACAGUUCUUGCUCUACAUUCUGAGCUUUUUGGAGCCAGGCUCGCAACGAAGUACCUAGAUAAAGAAUUAGCAGGAAGGAUACAGCAGUUACAAUUAUUAGGUAGUGACAUGCGCGCUGAACUAAGAGAUUCCCUUUGGGCUCAGGUUGAGGCAGAAAUCCUACUCCAGCGGCAUAAGACGCUGGUACGGGUUUGUCGCGGUCUGGCACCCCGCGCGCCCCGCCCGCCCGCAUCUACGCACGCUCCCCCGGCCCCGCGCACAGUGCGCGUGCGUCGUUCGCCACACCUCGGGCUCGGAAUCUCUGUCACGGGUGGUCGCGAGCACGGCGUGCCCAUUCUCAUAUCGGAGCUGGAGGCGGGCGGGCCGGCCGCGCUCACCGGCGAGCUGUACGUGGGCGACGCCAUACUGGCCAUCAACGACCUGGACCUCACUCAGGCUUGCCAUAAAGAAGCGGUCCAGGCGUUGCAGAGCGUGAAAGGAGACUGUGCUCUUUGUGUUCAGUUCAUCGCUACAGAUGACGACGAUCGUCUCUCCGAAGACAAUUAUAGCAGGUUCCCGCUGUACCCCGAGGACGGCGACGUGUUCGAGGAGGAGCCCGACGCGGCCGGAGCCACGCCCACCGCGCCGCGCACCCCCGACUACAACCACCGCGCGUCGGGUAGUGAAUGCGGGGAGAUCGACGCGUACGUAGCACGGCGAGACAGCGAGUACGAGCCGCUACGUACGACUGUACGAAACGAUAUCGUGUACGGGGAACGAGACGAAGUGAACUCGUACGGAGUGUCGGAUGAAAGAACUUAUGCAACUCGAGACAGGAGUAACUCGUACGUUCAAGACGGCCGGUCGUUCGUGGUGCGGGGAGAGGGCGGGGACGGGGCGGGGCUCGUGACGAGUGCGCACUACGCAGACUACAACAACAUCAACAACCUCGCCAUCCUCGACAUGGACGACGACUCCAUCAAGAUCGAAGCUCGUCUAGAGGUGUCGCCGGCGGCGCGCGCGUCGGCGUCCGCGUCCACGUCGGCGCGCUCCACGCCCGUGCACGCGCGCACCGCGCUCAAGAAGAAGCGCAAGCCGCAGGAUUGGAGAACGAAAGGGGCGUACUGCGCGGUGUCGGACGCGCAGUCGUCGGACGAGCCGCGCGAAGCUCCCCAGACGCCCCCCCAUCGCCCUGAGCGCUGCGACAUCGCAGCCGUUUCCGAGAAAGUGCGCGAACCGCCUGCACCGGGAGACGAACCCCCGUCACCGGCGCACCAGACGCCCCCGUGUCUACUAACGACCACCACGUCCGCCGACAACGAGGCACUAGCCGACACGCUGUCGCCUACCGUGUCGCUGGCCGACAAGCUGGCACCCAACGCGACGCCUGCCGCCGCGAUGCCGUCCAACGCGACGUCGACGACGGGUAAUUCGAAACCACUGCCGGCCCCCGACCCCGAAAACUCGCGCGAAAUCAUCGCCCCGCCCCCUCUCGACAUACGCUUCAAGUCGAGUAAAACGAACGGAGACAGCCGCGUAAGAAAAGAGACCAAGGGAUUCAGGAUAGGCUCGGCGCGGCGCGUGACGGAGGGCGCGCGCAACGGCUCGGCGGAGCGCCGGCCGCCGCGCCUGCUGCCGGGCCGCGGCGACCCCGACUUCGGCACGCCCGUGUAGCGCGCCCCGCCUCGCCUCGCUUCGCCUCGCCUCGCCUCGCCGCUGUCCGGCCGCGGUCGCCUCGAGUCGUCCCGGGCGCGACGGAGAGGACUUUUCGCUAGUGUCUUUCGGUUGGCCUCGGUUUCGCAGGGGACGGCGCUCGACGUACGACGACGAUAUUCGCACAAAAUCGAUUCAGUAGCUUAGUUUAGAUAGGGAGGACGUUUUUAAUUGUAGAAAUGAUGCAUCUCUGCGAAAUGUUAUGUUAAUCGAUUACGUUACUCGUCACAUCGAUAAGGAUCUCAGCCCGCGUCAACGUGAGGUCGGUGACCUCUGAUUUUAUUUUAUGUAGGUACUUAGGUACACGAUUACGAUUUCCUUUGUAUUCCAUUUUUUUCGUGUAGAUAUAUUUUUAACUUAUGAUUGAUUUAUACGUUUAGUGAUUAUGGCUUGUGAUCUAGAAAAAAUAAAUUUAAAUUAAUAUAUUAUAAAGUGUAAAAACGGUUAAUCCAACUAUUGUCUUGUAACGCUUUCGGCUUACUAUUUAUUUAUAUUAUAUCUGUAAAUACGUUGGUCACUAGGAAAGUUUUGAGAUUCAAUAACUAAACUUUCAUUUUUUUCAAAAUAAUUUCCAUCGGCUGCAAUACACUUCUCCAUACGACGAAACCAGUCUACAAAAAUCUUCUUCCACGUUUCUUCAGACACUUCGUCACAUGCCAAAUCCCAUGCUCGAAUUAACUGCCCAUCAUUGGAAUACCGGUGACCUUUCAAUUUAUCCUUGAUCAUUGAGAAGAGACCAAAGUCACAGGGUGCAAGGUCAGGGUUGUAGAUAGGGUGCUCUAGUAGAAUUAAUCCAGAUUGACUUAGACAACUUUGAGUUAAUUGGUGCAUUAUCGUGAUGAAGCCGCCAAGUGUCAAUGCGUGAGUUUGGCCGAAGAUUUUUUAGAGAUUCAAUCAGUUGAGGCAAACAAAUUUCUGUGUACCAUUUAGUGGUAACAGUCUUCUGUUCAUCAAGAGUUAUUCGCUUGAUUAUACCCCUUUUGCCAAAGAAGACCACGACCAUUUUCUUUUUUACAGAUCGAGACUGUUUGACAGUUGUUGGCUGUUCUUCGUCUUCAAAGACCCAUACUUCGUUUUUAGAUUUAGAUUUUACUUCGUAAUAAUACAGCUAAGAUUCAUCACCUGUUACUAUUGAAUUCACGUUAGGUGAUUUUCCACCAUCAAACAUAGUGAGCAUUUUUGACACCAUUUCUUGCGACAUUCCAUUUGGGCCGCUGUUAACAAGUGGGGUACCCAUAACGUGCAAACUUUUCUUACUUGAAGAUGGUCGUGUAAAAUAGUAUGAAUUGAUGGUACACUAAUCUUCAAGAGCUACCCUAUUUGUUUGUAAGUAAUAUGUCUAUCUAUCUCAAGUAGUUUUUUAACACACAUGUUUUGUCACAAUUAAAAAUUGAAAAAAGAUAAUGGAGGUAAGUUGUUUUUUUUUUUAGUUGUUAUCCAUUACUAUAUAAGACGUGCUAUCAUUGGUAAUAGUUUGACGUUUAAGCAUUUGGUAGUUUAAUGAUAUCUCAAAACUUUCCUAGUGACCUACGUACGUUUUAAAAAUCCUUAUUUCGGUCAACCAGCUCUUUUAGCGUCCUGUCUAUUUCAGAUAUAAACACGCGUUUCUUGACGUUUUUAACAAAACAGCUUUUUAAAAAUGUUUUAUUGUAUUUUUUAUUUAAUGCUAUGAAAUUAAUUAUGACCUUCGCCGAAGACAUACAAACGAAAAUUAUGAAAACAGUGACAAUAUGAGAUAAAUUUUAUUUAUACCCACUCACUUUACAUAUAGACUUAAACCAUACAUACGAGAGGAGUUUCACUUUUUCCUAGCGCCAUUAUAACCCAGUCGGUCACAGUACGUUCACCUUCACCGAAGACCUAGCUUAGUUUAAAUCCUGCCAAGCACCGUUAAGAAUUCACGUUCAUUUCUGGUGAUUCAUAAGUUAAACUAGCUGUUGCGAGGAUUUCACCGCAUUAAUCGUCGUUCACCGCCCGCAAAGGCAUGAUUUAAAAGCCUAUAUAUAACCUUUCUCAAAAAUUGGGCCUUAAAAUGCAAAAUUUUCAAAUUCCGACAAAAACACAAUUUUAUACUUUAUAUAAGUGCGUGAUCGGGAAAUGUACAAGCGAAACUACUAUCAUACCUUUUAAAAUAUCGAUAUUUAGUCAAGUUAUAAUUGAAUGUUAUUAUUUUUUUAAGUUUGACAUUUUAUUUUGCCUUUAUUCAUUUCCAUAUAACAUAGCUCAGAACUUCUACUGACAAAUAGGCAAACAUGUUAUUACUUAGGCAGUAACAUAAUUGUCUAACAGAGCACGACUUUUUAAGUUUCUAACGGAAUGGGUGUGCCUGCCUUAUUUUAUUGUGAAGCCUCAAAAAUACAAUCCAGACGGAUUCCCUAUUAGUGAUUUAGAACUGCCCUCCAUCGAGUUGGAUUAAUAGUUUCAUAUAUCAAGUAAAUUCUAUAAAGCCCCAAAAAUAAUAUCGCAGUACAUCAAUUGUUUGUCUGGCGAUUUAUUGUAAAUCGAUUCACAGUCGCGGACUUCUCUAGUAGACAUUUACUUAUCUAUAUGCGGUGAAAACCUAAAACAAUAGACGUCGACUAAGGCUUCCGAGCUUAAACUACGCGUCACACUGACCACGUUUAGUUCAUCCUAAUAGUUUUAAAUGUUUCAAAUGACUCAUCAACAUUUCGUAGGAAAACACAACCUUUCCUUCCCAAAGGGAAAUGGACAAAUUUUUUGGUGACAAACUUUAUAAGUUGUCAACAUAUUUGAAUCAAUGUCAUAUUAUUGUUACUGACUUAUAAGCAUUUACAGACACAGAGUUUGUCAACUACUUCAGUGGAAACGUAGUAUAUGUAUAUUUUUAGGUACUUAUGUAAUAUAGAUGUUCAUUCUUAUCAUAUAAAUGACAAAUUUCAUUAUUUGCUUUGCGCAAAUAUGUACAAAAGAGUCAUUAAAGAGUAUUUAUCAUUUAUUUGAAAUAUUUUUAUUAAAAGUUGAAGACUAUUCUUUUUUAUUAUUGAUAAUUAUAGCAUUCAUUGACACCCACAUUGUACUUACUAAACGAUUAUAUACGUGUACCUAAGACUAAUUCUGAUUACAAUCAAAAAAUGCUUCCAUGAAUAAACAAAUCUAUACUCACAUCCAAAACCAUAAAUAAAAAAUAAUAAUACCUAUACUAUAACACAUAUAAAAUUUCAACAGAAUCAUAAUGUUUUAAGGUGAAUGUUGACUCUUUAUACUUUCGACUCGACGUGUCCGUUGCAUUUCAAUAGACCCCUAUAGUGCAAAGAAUAAUAAUUAUGAAAAUUUCGUAUCAUUUGCCUCGUUGUGAAACGAGGUCUUUACGAAUUUUUUGACGCCCACGCGGAACGUAAACAAUGACGAUUGCGGACUGAUGAGUCGACGACAGUAUUUCAAGGUCGCUAUAGCACUUUUUCACAGAUUUGUUAUAUCUACUCACAUGUUAUCACAACUGAAUAGUUUUCAACUAUAAUUUGUUAUAGUACCUAAUAAUACACACAUAAUAAAAGUUUAAAGUUUUAAUGUAUGUAAAAUAAUGUCAAAAAUGGGGAUCUUUAAUGGCAUAAAUAUCAUGUUUGUAUCAACCGAAAAGAAGGAAAUAGAUUUAAAAAAAUUGCGUCGAUAGUGUAUACUGUAUAUACCUUACAUAAUUUGAUUUAAUUAGCUUAAUUUACUUCAUUAGCUAUAGCCAUGUUUUCGCCCCCCUGGGUGGCUACCACCCACCACUUUGUUGUACCACAUAAUAUUAACUUUUGUCUUGUUCCGGUUUGAAAGGUAAAAAAGACAAAUUAUCUCAUUUGGACCUUAAUAAACUUCAGUAUUUAAUUGGAAGCGUGAGUAUUUAUUUCAUUACGAUCUCUCAUUCCAUAUAGUAAAAUAUACCUUACAAUUCUACAAACUAUUAAUUUGUUAGAUUCGUUUUAAAUAUUGUUUAUAUUGGUAUCAGUAUUUAAUAUCGUUUAAUUCGUCUCGAUCUCUAAUAACGUCACAUGUGCACGUAAUAGUCAUUAUUAAUUACUAGUGUUCUCUCAAUGGUCGAAAUUCGACUUUAUAGUUUCUGAAAAUUUGUGGAAAACAUGUCUAUAUGAAUUUAAACAACAUUACCUAUAAAACAAAAUACAUCUACUACUGUUUUUUUUAUAUAUAUAAUAUAUAUGUAUAUAAAAAUACCUUAAAAGAAUAUAUUAUUUUGAAUCACAGAAAUGUGUAAAUAUAAAUGGCAGCUGUUUGGAUUUAUGCCAAAAACGUCGUCUAUGCCUCGCCUGUGAAAUAAAAAAAAAGUUUAGUAUGAUUAUGAGUUUUAUACUUCACAUUCGCAUUUUAUCUUGUUAUUAAAAGUCUAAUAUUAAAUAAUUAUAUUGAAUUAUGUAAAUUUUUUUCAUAUUUAAGAUAAGUUACGCUAGAACCACCUUUAUCAAAACAGCUGUAACAAAAUAAUUAAGUUUUUUCAUGCCUACAAGAUUAAGUCAUAAUUAACGUAUGGUUAACUUAUUUUAAAAUAGGAACUUAUAUCAGUUAAAUAAUUAUCAUAUCGAGUAGAGCAAUGGAUUUUGCGGACAUACAAAUUUUUGUGCAUUCAUCAAUGUUUUUGUGGCGUUAAUAAUGAUUCAAAUGUAUGUCUCCUCUGAAGUUAGUUACCAUGUUAUUGAAAGAUCUGAAAGAAACGUAACAAUUUAGAAGUCAUGGUGUUCCUCGAAGGAUAGAUGGAAGUUAUUUUGUUACCAACAUGCAAAUAUUAUAUUCGGCUUAGAUCCAGAAAAUAAUAUUAAAGGUUUUUUGUUUUAAUAGAACAAAUUAUAACAACUGGUUCAAUAUUUUGACUUGGUGUGUUUUUGCCUACUUUUUUAAUAUAUGUAUAUUAUACAUAUAUUAAAAAAGUAGGCAUAUACAUUGUAUAAUAAUAAAACAAUUGCUAUAUACCUUUUCAUUGUCAUAAAUUAUUACAUACCUAUUUGUUUUAUUGUUAGUGAUUUAAACGCUAUAAUUUUUCCUUGAGCUGUAUUAAAAUGAUUAAUCAAAAAUAUUGUCAGAACAAAGGUCCUUCCAUCCAGGACUGGUACUCUGCGUUUCAAUUUGUGCAUAUGUGAAUAGCCUGUGAAGAUUUUUUUAAUGUAUUAAAAUACUGCCAAUCAUAUCGAUGUAUUCCUAAAUUUUACACGGCGACCAUUUCAGUGAUAUCAUGAAACCAGUUAACAUUCCUUCUUGUGUUAGCCUUGUUAUACUUAGAAAUAAGUUGCGAAUAUAAUGCAAUUUUUAAAAUUUACAAGACAAUACGCAUUUGUAUAUUAACAGGUGUAUUACAUUUGUAUGAAUUA